CCAAACAAGCAACACACAGCCUUCCUGUUAUGUGCUGAAACUUUUGCUCUCGCUUGGUGCAUCUCUGACAGAAACAUGGUUUCAACACCGGAAAUAUUUACUGAGCAGCGAUCAAACCAACAAGAAGAAACUAUGUGUAAAAACCUCCUCUGACACAUGCAGCCAAUCCUGCAGAUUAAAGAGGAAUUCCUUCUUUUAACCAGAGCUCCGUGUUUUACUCUAACUGUUGGUUUUCUCCUCCUUUACUUUAAUCACAUUUCAAGAACCUGUUGGAACACAUUCAAAUUAAAAGUCCUGGUGAUUUGUAAGAGUCGGGUCAUCGCCUGCAGACCUGGUCCCUAAUCGACUGAAUAACUACACUGUGAGUUUAAAAGGUGAGGAGGUCCCACUCUGUUGGAAUGUCAGCUAUGCGUUUAUUACAGGCCUGAAUCACAGAGCAGUAACCACUGAGCCGGAUCAGAACCGAUCAGUGGCUCAAUAAGCCCUCACGCAGCCGCUAAGUUUCCUCAGACACCCGACAGCUGUGUGUUUAAUGUCCAGAUGUUGGACGGAUAAACCAGAGAGACUGACAGAGACAAAAACACAAAGACUGAGGUGAAAGGGACACCAGGGCAGUUUCCAUGGCGACGUAACAGAGAGCAGGAAUGUAAGGAGAGGAAAAAAUGGAAACAUGGAGGAGGAGGAGGAGGAGUUCAGGAAACUGAAACGAAGAAGAGAAGGAAGAGCAGCAGCUCAGAAAGACAAUAAGAACGAGAGGAAAGGAAGUAAGAACAGGUAGAAGAAACGAUUAGAAGUGGAGAUAAAAAAAGGAUCUGCAAGGAGAAGAAAGAAGAACAAUACAGAGGCUGAAGAGAGAAAGAUGGAGAUGUUCAAGUGGAACAAAGAUGAACGAAAAGAGUGAACAGAGAGAGAGAGACGGAUAAACGGGACAACAUUCAACUGGAAAAAUGGAAAACGGAAGAAAAAUGAAUGAAAGAAGUGAAGAAAAGAGUAACAGAGGAACAAAAAAAGAAAAUGGGAAGAAAAGUAUGUGGGAGGAGGAAAAGUUCAGACUGGAAAAAUUGAAGGAGUGAGAGAAAAGAGCGGGAAUGAAAGAAGGAAGGAGGGCUGGAAAAAAUGAACAAACGAGGAGAAAUUUAGAAAGAAAAGCCAUCCUUAACACAUGCUGCUGCUCAUCUUCUCUGCCUGAUCGUGCUCUCUGAUUGGCUGUCCUCAGGAGGAGUGGGCGGAGCUAGAAAAUGACGAGUGCAUCAGUGAAGGUGGCGGUGCGAGUCCGGCCGUUCAACUCCAGAGAGCUGGGACGCAAUGCCAAGUGUGUGAUCCAGAUGCAGGGAAACAGCACCUGCAUCUCCAACCCCAAACAGCCCAAAGAUGGAGCCAAGAACUUCACAUUCGACUACUCCUACUGGUCACACUCUAUGCCUGAUGAUCAGAACUUUGCCUCUCAGAGGCAGGUCUACAAGGACAUUGGUGAGGAGAUGUUGGUGCAUGCAUUUGAAGGAUACAACGUGUGCAUCUUUGCUUAUGGUCAGACUGGAGCAGGAAAAAGUUACACCAUGAUGGGAAAACAAGAGCCUGGACAGGAAGGGAUCAUCCCACAGCUGUGUGAGGACCUGUUCCAGAGGACAGGGCAGAACUCGGAUCCGGACCUGACCUACUCAGUGGAGGUGUCCUACAUGGAGAUCUACUGUGAGCGGGUUCGGGAUCUGUUGAACCCAACAUCGCAGGGUUCUCUUCGAGUCCGUGAACAUCCCAUCCUGGGACCCUAUGUGGAGGAUCUGUCCAAACUGGCUGUGACCGGAUUCACGGACAUCCGGGAGCUGAUGGACGAAGGCAACAAAGCCCGGACGGUUGCUGCCACAAACAUGAACGAGACGUCGUCCAGAUCGCACGCCGUCUUCACCAUCGUCUUCACCCAGAAACGGAGAGACCAGAUGACCAGCCUGGACACUGAGAAGGUCAGUAAGAUCAGUCUGGUGGAUCUGGCUGGGAGCGAGCGUGCAGACUCUUCAGGGGCAAAGGGCACCCGACUCAAGGAAGGAGCAAACAUCAACAAAUCUCUGACUACGUUAGGAAAAGUGAUCUCAGCGUUGGCUGAAAUGCAAAGCAACAAGAAGAGGAAAAGUGACUUUAUUCCCUACAGAGACUCAGUUCUCACCUGGUUGCUGAAGGAGAAUCUGGGAGGAAACUCUCGGACCGCCAUGAUCGCUGCUUUGAGUCCUGCUGACAUCAACUAUGAGGAAACACUGAGCACUUUGAGGUACGCUGACCGGGCCAAACAGAUCCGCUGCAAUGCCAUUAUCAACGAGGAUCCAAACGCCAAACUGAUCCGAGAGUUGAAGGCGGAAGUGGAUCGACUGAGGAACCUGCUCUUCUCUCAGGGUCUGCAGGAGCUGCUUGACAACACUGUCAACAACAACAGCCUCGUUGGGGUCGCAGGUGUGGCCCCCACCCCUCUGCAGCUAACCCACACAGCCAAUGGGAUUACGUCUAAAGAAGAGCCCGCCCCUGCAGAGGCUGAAGCUUCACCUGCAGGAGACACACCUGCUGAACCUGAUCACCUCAUCCAGAACGGAGAGGAUGCAGAGGAGGCAGUCGCUACGGAAACCAUCAGUAAAGAGGAAGCCGCUGAGAGACUGAUGGAAACGGAGAAAAUCAUCGCUGAGCUGAACGAGACCUGGGAGGAGAAACUGAGGAAGACAGAAUCCAUCCGUCUGGAGAGAGAGUCGCUGCUGGCAGAGAUGGGCGUGUCCAUAAAGGAGGAUGGAGGAACUCUGGGAGUUUUCUCUCCUAAAGGAACGCCUCACCUGGUCAACCUGAAUGAAGACCCUCUGAUGUCUGAGUGUCUCCUCUACUACAUCAAGGAAGGAGUCACCAGGGUUGGACAGCAGGACGUGGACAUCAAACUUUCAGGUCAAUUCAUUAAAGAGAUCCACUGUGUUUUUGUCAGUGAGACCAACGAGCAGGGAGAAGUGGAGGUCAUUCUGGAGCCGUUAGUGGGAGCUGAGACGUACGUGAACGGGAAGCAGAUCACGGAGGCUGUCAUUCUGAAGCAAGGAAACCGCAUUGUGAUGGGGAAGAAUCACGUGUUCAGGUUCAACCAUCCGGAGCAGGCGAGGCUGGAGAGGGAGCGCAGCGCCACAGCCGAGCAGCAGGAGGAGCCGGAGGACUGGAACUACGCUCAGAAGGAGCUGCUGGAGAAACAAGGCAUCGACAUCAAACUGGAGAUGGAGAAGAGAUUACAGGAUGUGGAGACUCAGUACCGUAAGGAGAAGGAGGAGGCUGACCUGCUGCUGGAGCAGCACAGACUGUACGCAGACAGCGACAGCGGAGACGACUCUGACAAACGCUCCUGUGAGGAGAGCUGGAGGCUGAUCUCCUCCCUGAGAGAGAAGCUACCAGCCAACAAGGUGCAGACCAUCGUGAAGCGCUGUGGUCUCCCCAGCAGCGGGAAGAGGAGGGAACCUCUCCGGGUCUAUCAGAUCCCGCAGAGGAGGAGGAUCAGCAAAGACCCCAAACGGGUCACCAUGGAGGAUCUGAGGAUGCAGGCCGUCAAGGAAAUCUGUUACGAGGUGGCUCUGGGAGACUUCCGUCACUCCCGUCAGGAAAUCGAGGCACUGUCCAUCGUCAAGAUGAAGGAGCUCUGCCGCAUGUACGCCAAGAAGGACUCCAACGAGAAGGAGAGCUGGAAGGCCGUGGCCCAGGACGUCUGCGACACCGUGGGCAUUGGGGAAGAGAGGAGCCCUCCCACUGAGGAGGGAGGAGGAGAAACGAGCGAGGGAGGACAGAAGGGAAAAGUGUACGACCUGAAGGCUCACAUCGAUAAGCUGACGGAUAUCCUGGAGGAGGUGAAGCUCCAGAACAACAUGAAGGAUGAGGAGAUCAAAGCUCUGAGAGACAGAAUGAUCAAGAUGGAGAGCAUCAUACCGGUUCAGGACGACGACAUGAAUGGGGAAGGAGGCGAGUCUCUGCAGAGAGAGGGAGGAGGUGGUCUUGAUGACAGCAAUGACCUGCCGGAGGUCAGAGUUCAGCGUCUUAUGGAGGAGGACCCAGCUUUCAGGAGAGGGCGCCUCCGCUGGCUGAAGCAGGAACAGCAGCGAAUCCAGAACCUCCAGAAGCAGAACAUCACCAAGAAACUGAGAGGACAGAACCAGAGCCAAGGUCCGAGCACCCCCAUCGUUCCCGUUCAUCUUCCUGGGACCGGCCGCUUCAUCCCUCCCCAGGAAUGCAAACUGAAGUUCCCCUUCAAAAGUAACCCCGCCCACCGGUUGUCAUGGGGACCAGCCAGCGAGGCCCUGCAGGCACUGGGUCUGGGAGGAGAGGGAGGAGGAGAAGAAGAUGGUGAGGAGCAGGAGAACAGAGGAGGUUCCCUCACACCUCCGCCUCCUCCUCAGGGUCAGCCUCCGCCCCUCCUACCCCUCCCCUUCCCUGCUACACCCCCACGCAUGCGCACACCCAGCCCUCAUCGUGCUUGGCAACAACGUAACCAAGGCAACCAGGGUGGCUUCCACCUCAACCAGCAGGGUAACAACCAAAACUUCCAGCGGCGUCAACGCCGCAACUCCCUGGACAGCUCCACCCACAACAGUGACCAGCAGUACGGUGGGGGUAACAGCGGUCACCAGGGGCGACUGAGACAGAGGAGGGGGGAGUCCCCUAGUGGAGGCGGGGAGAGGGGAGUGAGAGGAGGAGGAGGAGGGAGCUUCUACUAUAAUCAGCACCAGCACCAUCAGUUCCACCCCCACCCAUACUACAACAUCCACAAUGCACCAUUCCAGCCUCACCCCAACUACCACAGCCUGCCUCGCUCCGGACCCCUGCCUCUCCCCCCCGACAUGCUUAUUGGGGUGGGGCCUCCACCUGCUGGGUGGGGCUUCACCACCCCGCCCAGAAUGAGACGGCAGUUCAGCGCCCCGGACCUGAAGAACAACACGGAGAAUAAUGUCAUGUGACACAGAGGCCUCUGAUUGGCUGCGGGAUCCUCAUGCUGUAAAGAACAGACCGUGUGAGUGUGUGUUUUCAGCACUUUUUCAGCAGAACUAAAUGGAAAGUAAGGUCACGCACAUCCACAGUCGUCUGUCCUGCUGUGUGUGUUUGAGUUUUAAUGGUCGCACAGUUUAGGUUUUUAUUUUAUUCUCAGUUGUUCGUCGUCUGUCGUUUCAUAUUCACUUAUUUACUUUGAUUCAUCUGAGAUCUGCUGAUGUUCUGAUCCUGAUCAGCUGUUUGUAACCUGGAGCCUUAAAGUCUGCAGGUGAAGAUGGUUCAUAAAGAUGGAGCACGUAGUUCAGUUCACAGGCAGGGUGGUGAGUUUAUGGGUCUACUGCAAGUUCAGCCUGAACAGCGCUUCCUAAUGUUAGAGCUAAACCUCUCUAAUGAGAGCUUAUUCAUGUCAUGUAAUUAAGGCACAUUUUUAAUAUUCAGAUUUUUCUAAUAUGCAAGCUCACAACCUGAUCAUUGCGUUGAAGAAUAGCUGCUAGAUUUGCAUUCAUUUUAAAUAAAUUCAAACGCAGUCGUCGUUUUUCAUUACUGAAGCACCGUUUGAACCUUUCAGCCAGUUUCUCUGAAGACAUGAGGCUGAUAUUUCCUAUUUCACCUGAAUGCUGCAUACUCAACAGCUGCAAACCAAAGAAUACGCUCUGUGGCGACUCCUGCAGGCCCCAGAGGGUAUGGCAUAUUUUAGGAGGAGGCGUGUAGGAUGUUUUUACCUGACAGGUGAGCAUGGUAAAGAGCUGUGUGUAUAUCUGAAGUUUAUCUGUUCUUCUUUAUGUUUCAACGGAGAUGAAUUUAAAAAAUAUCAUUAUAUGUGCUGACAGUGCCUUCAAAGUUACAGGCAAUCAUGGGAAAAUGAGAGUAAAUUGUCUUACAUAAUGGGAGAGGAAAACAAUGGAAGAAUCCAGGUAAUGUAGGGUUUGUUGGAGGGAAUUCUGGGAGAUGUAGUGAUACAUAUACAGAAGGCGGUGGAUGUGUGAUAAAUGUGUGUUACGGAGUAAUAGUUGAUGUUUCGUGGAGUUUAAAUCCUACUGUAAGGAUCAGGUCCACUCAGAGCAAAGCAUUCUGGGAGAAGAUGACAGGAAUGCCAAACUGUUUGGAGACUUUAGGGAUGUAUUCAUUUUAAGGAAAUGGUUAAACUAACCAAUAGGAGCGCUCCCUCCUGCAGGAAGGGGAUUGAUGAUGACACAAACAAAACAGUGUUUUGUUCUGGUAGCUCCAUAGAGCAUCUAGUUUCUGCCUUAAAUCCACCAAUCACAGGACAAUCCUGAAACCCACUUGUAGCGCCAGGCCUGAUGGGAAAUGUAGUUUUCUCCUUCGGCCUUUCUAACAGUUUCUGAUUAUUUCCAGUUUGAGCCUCUGAUUGGCUGUUUUACUUCGUGUAGUCAUUCGCUUUUUGUGCUGCAUAUUUUAGCCCCUCCCACAUCCUCGGCCAAUGGUUAAUGAUGUCAUCAUGUAUCAUGGUUAUAAUUAUUAUGAAGCUAUAAGUGUCAUCAUUAAUAUUUGGUUCUUCUGGAUGCUGCUAAAGGAGCUUGGUCGCUGUCUUGUAUCUUCCUCUCUGUGUGGAUGUGAUGGAGGUGUGAGAGUUUCAAGAUGAACUCUUUUUAU